AGGGAAAAUUAAAAGCACUCUCGCGAAUUUUAAAAUAAUAGCUUUUAAUAAAUAAUUAUUAAUAAUGAAGCUACUUUAUGUUCUUUUUAUUGUUUUCGUUUACAUCAAUGGAUCAUUAGGAAAUGAUAGUGCAACAAGAUCAUGUAUAGUAAGUAGUAUAGCUACUGAUGAAAAUGCGACAAAACAUUGGUUGGAUAUGGAUAAAAAUUGUAUUAAGAGCUUGGAAUCUCAGGUGAAUGUUGAAAUUAAAGCUGCAAUGACUUAUCUUGCAAUGGGUGCUCAUUUUGCUCUUGAUGUAAUUAAUCGACCUGGAUUCAGCAAAUUCUUUUUUGAAUCUGCUACGGAAGAAAGAGAACAUGCAAUAAAAGUUCUUGAAUAUUUAUUAAUGCGUGGUCAAUUAACUAAUAUUAAUGAGGAUAAUGUUCUUUUAAGAUUUCCUUUGGAAGCAGAGAUUGAGAAUUGGAACAGUGGCUAUAAAGCCUUGAAAAAAGCUCUUAAAUUAGAAACAAGUGUUACAAAAAAAAUUCGUGAAUUAAUUAAAACAUGUGAACAUCCAAAUGAUUUAAAUUUAGUUGAUUAUCAUUUGGUAGAUUAUCUCACUGGAGAAUUUUUAACUGAACAAUAUAAAGGACAGCGUGAUCUUGCUGGUAAAAUUUCAUCUUUAGGUAAAAUGAUACAAACACAUGGAAUGUUAGGAGAAUUUCUAUUUGAUAAAAAACUUUUAAACAAUGAAAUUUAAUCUAUAUUUGAAGCAAAAAAAAAUUUAUUUCAAUAAGUUUAAGAAUGAUGAAUAAUAACAAUAAGAAAUUAUGACCAUAUUUAAAAUAAAGUAUAUAACUUCCUUUGAUUUAAUUUUAAGUUAGUAUGUGACAGAUAUAAAUUUUUUUCUGCAUAAAAUAUUUUUCUAAAUAUGGUCUGUAAAAUAGAUAUAUAAAGAACCCUGUUUAUAAAUGUUUGUUAAACUAUAAUAAAUAUAUUACUCUUACUAAAUAAAUAUUUUAAGAUUCAUACAAA